CUCACCACUUCCCACAAUAAAAUCUUGCUCAACCUCACCUUCACUCCACUGUCUCCACCACUUCAUCUCAAGUACAAAACAUAGAUAUCUCCCAACACUUCCUCUUCCAGUGUUUUAUCUCUUCAAAGUCCCCAAACUCGUCCAGGCCUUCCUUUGCAAUUGUCACCAACAAUUAUUGCAUAGCUCUCUCAAGUUUCUUAACAACAAUGAAGAAAGUAGUGUUGAAGGCAGACUUGUACGAUGACAGAAUCAAGCAAAAAGCUAUGAAAACAGUCUCUGGCAUUUCAGGGGUUGAAUCAGUGUCUGUUGACAUGAAAGACAAGAAAUUAACAUUAGUGGGAGACAUUGAUCCAGUACAUGUUGUGGGGAAGCUAAGGAAAUGGUGUCAUACUGAAAUAGUUUCUGUUGGACCUGUUAAAGAAGAAAAAAAGAAGGAAGAUGAUAAGAAGGAUUCAAUAAAAGUUCCAGAACCUGUUAAGCUUUAUGAAGCCUAUCCACUUUAUUAUCACAUGACCCCACUACAGUCUAAUCAGCAUCACUAUGUUACAAGUGUGGAAGAGGAGGACACUAAUGGCUGUGUCAUCUGCUAAAAUUUAGGAUACCUGAUAUGAAAAGCAAACGCAAAAAAAGAAGAAGUUAUUUUCCAUUUUUUGGGAGCUUUUUCUAACAAUUCAGAUUGAGGGAUGGAGUGUGUCCAAGAAGAGUAAUAUGAUGUAUAGGAAUUUGAUUUGUAAUGUUUGAUUAGACUUUGCUGGUAUUCGUGUAAAAUUCUGAUGUGUUAUUCUCAAGCAAUAAUUAAAUUUGAAUGAUAUUGAAUUAAUAUUAUUCAAUUA